AUGCUGAGGGUGGCAGUCUCACCACUGCUUUCCACUGCAGUGGACACAUCGCGUUUGCUCAUCACCGUCAUCCCUUCCGCUGUCAUAUUGCAAUCUAGAGGGAGACGUCGUACUCUCACUCCUGCACCAUGGUUACCUCCUGUUCACGAGCGGGUUCACGCCGACUACCUGGAUGAUUCCAACCGGUUGGGCGUUACUGCGAGAGGUUAUAUCUGCAGAGAAGAGAUGCGUGGCCAUUCUGCUGCGACAAAGUCUCAAGAAGGUGAAGCAAGGAUUGCGGAUAUAGAAUUGCCCACAAGAAGAGUUGGUCUGCUCGCGCGUAAGAUUGGAAUGGCGCCACAAUGGACAGUUACUGGAGAUAGAAUAUUGUGCACACUUCUCGAAAUUUGUGAGAACCACGUCGUUAGUGUGGUAUCUCCCGAUGAAUGGUACCGCAGAAGUCCCGUUGGAAAACGGAAAGCAUUCAACAGAGAGGGGCCUAUGUGGAAAGUCACAGUUGGAGCGGUGGACUACGAUAUGGACAGAUUUACUCAGGCUUAUAGAAACCAGUUCAUCCGUGCUGGCGUCCCUGUUAAAAAAUAUCUCGGUUCAUUUCUGGUCUCCAAAGAGGCGUUGCCUUCUGUGGGCACAAAACUAGACGUUCGACAUUUUUGCAUUGGACAAUACGUUACCGCCUCAGGGAAAUCAAUAGAUUGGGGAUUUCAGGGUGGAAUGCACAGAUGGGGUAUGAAAGGGCAACCAGCCUCGAAUACUACAAAAUCACAUCGACGAAUCGGUUCGGUUGGAUCUACCGGUGAUGCUCGUGUAUGGCCAGGUAAGCGAAUGCCUGGUCAUAUGGGAUAUGAAUGGGUUACCGUAAGUGGACUAGAGAUAAGCAAAGUUAUUUAUGUCAAAGGCAGCGUUCCGGGUGACAUUGAUAGCAUGUUACUUUUGAAGGAUUGUUUACAACCGGACAAGAAGCUCAAGACAGGACCUGUCCCUACUUGGCUACCUUCAAUAGAAGCUGCAGAGGUGGAAGGUGAGGAGCAAAAUGCGGCUCCUCAAUCUCAUGAAAUACUAUCCCCUAAAAUGUUCAGCUUUUCAUCGCCUUCUAUUAUAUUCUCGGAAGAUGAUGCGAAGAAAUCCGCCGCAAGGGAUAAAACAAAGGCAAAGAUCGCGAAGGGUGGAAUGCACAGAUGGGGUAUGAAAGGGCAACCAGCUCGAAAUACUACAAAAUCACAUCGACGAAUCGGUUCGGUUGGAUCUACCGGUGAUGCUCGUGUAUGGCCAGGUAAGCGAAUGCCUGGUCAUAUGGGAUAUGAAUGGGUUACCGUAAGUGGACUAGAGAAUAAGCAAGUUAUACGAUUUAUGUCAAAAGGCAGCGUUCCGGGUGACAUUGAUAGCAUGUUACUUUUGAAGGAUUGUUUACAACCGGACAAGAAGCUCAAGUCCAUUAGUUACGCGUUUGGUGUGUGCACAUGUGCUAUAAUCCGGAUUCUAGGUGUUGUAGAAUUCCACACCAUGCUAACAGAAAAUGUGAUCGGACAGAACGUGAACCAAAAUGGUGCUUCUACGUCUAAAACUCCUAGAAGGGCUCCUGCAGCGUCUGUUGAUAUUUUAAGAAACAAUUACGUACGUGCAAAUGGUUUCACGGUCCACCGUCAGCCAGUAGCACAGAGUACCGAUGGAAUUCGGGGGAAGAUUGGUGUGUCGCAAGGUGUUCAUGCCUUCGAUAUCACAUGGGAAGGUCCACUCGGAACUGUGGCUGUGGUAGGAGUUGCCACAAGGCACGCUGCUCUUCAUUGUCCAGGAUAUUUGCCCCUACUUGGAAGUGAUGACCAAAGUUGGGGAUGGAAUCUUGUCGAUAAUACCCUAAUUCACAACGGCGAGCAAUUAGGCGUCUAUCCACGAUCGAAUAAUCCUCCUAAAUAUCAGGUUGGGGAAAGAGUUCGACUCGUACUGGACUGCGACCGUCAUUUCGUUUAUUUUGAACGUGCAGGAGCCGAAUUUCUGGGGCUAGCCUUCAUGGAUUUACCACCUGUCAAGCUUUUUCCAGCAAUUUGUGCCGUGUAUGGUAAUACGGAGGUCUCUAUGGUUUAUUUAGGACCUCCCAUUGCUGGUUGA